AUGACAACAACAUCAUUCAAUUUAUCAACUGAAAAGGGAUUUGAAGAUUUCAAUUCUUUAUUAUUAAAUCAAACAUUUAUUGUUGGAUAUGAACCAACCAAUGUUGAUGUAAAAGUAUUCAAGUUGAUUGUAGAUAACAAACUUGAUGCAAAGAGAUUUACAAAUGUUACAAGAUGGUUUGAUACUAUUGCUGCCUAUUGUACCGAUGAAGAUUUCAUCUUGGAACAAAUUAAUCACCGCAAUUUAGAUUUUACGGUAGAUUCUGAAAAUGAUGAUGACUUUGAUUUAUUCGACGCAUCAGAAGACAUGUCCUCAUUGCCAAACAAAGAGAGAGUGGUACCAGUAGCUAAAAAGGUAAAGGAAACAAAGUCAGAGGUAGUCAUGGAGGUAAAGACUUGGGAUGACACCAUCUCAAUGAAGGAUGUUGAAGAUGCUGUACGUUCAGUUUCGAUGGAUGGAUUAAAGUGGGGUCAUUCCAAGCUUGUCCCAACAGCAUUUAAAAUGCACAGUCUCUCCAUCCAAUGUAUUGUAGACGACCAUUUAGUUAGUGUCCAAGAUUUAGAAGACACUUUAAAUGAUAUCGAAGAGUUGAUUCAAUCAGUCGAUAUUAUUUCAUUUAAUACUUAUCGCUGA